AUGUGUGAGUCUUCCAGCGGUAAUUUUCUGCAUUCACAACUUGAACUUGAGACCUUGCCGCGGAACUGCUGGAAUCGCCGUCUGCGUAUUGGUGAGCAAGAUGAUCUAGCUCGGCUGUUCCUGGAGUUACAGUCAGUUCUUAUUACUGGUCAUGAUGAUGAAGCUUGUUGGCAGAGAGCGGUUCCAGUUUUUACCCCAAAUUUGAUGUCGAUUCAGCUGCAGCAUCUCGCCGGUCUGUCUACUCCCCAUCUGAACAGAGGAAUUUUUAUUCCCUCCAUUUGGAAGCAUCAAAUCCCUCCGCGCAUUCAGUUUUUCAUGUGGUUGGUAGCAUGGGACCGUAUUUCUUGCAAUGCGUCUUUGGUAGCGCGUGGUAUUCUUAACCCUUCCCUUAUUGGCUGUUCUGUAUGUCAUUUUGAAGAAUCUUCAGUUCAUAUUUUGCUGCACUGUUCUUAUGCUUGGAAGACUUGGUGUUUCAUUUAUUCCAAGUGUGGUCUUCUUUGGGUUACUCCCUCUUCCAUUGAUAGUUUUUUUAUCUUUUGGAUGGAUUGCUCAUUACCUGCUUAUAAGGACCUAUGGAAGCUCAUUUGGUUUUUUUGCGUUUGGGAAUUAUGGAAGGCGAGGAAUAAACGCGUUUUCAGAGGGGAAUCUACUCAAAUUGACGCUUUAGUUCAUUUGGUGAUUACUAGAGCCGUUACGUUCUAUUCUUCUUUUCAUUCUCAGUUUCCGUAUUCGGGAAGUGAUGUUUAUAGAUGUUUAGAUUGCUUUGUAAAGUUUAACUGA